AUGGCUGCGAUACAGAAUUUCAAGAACUUCUUGCGCCAUGGCAAGCAGGCUCGCCAGAAUGCCGAGCCGACAACAAAUGUUUCCCCAGUCCACGCACAGCCACACCGAGCAGAUCCCGUGCACCAUGGCAUCUCAGAGCCGGUAAUGGACCAUAAGCCGCUCCACCAUGCUGCCGCUCCCCAUGGCGACUACUCGGUCGCUGCCGGAGGCGAUAAUCGCAACAUCGCUGCACAAGCUGGUGCAGCAGCAGAGCGAGCGGCCAACGACAAGCAGAAGAAACAGGCGGCAGCCCAGGGUAAGGGAGUCGAUCCUGAAGUACUGGAGCGCAUCGUCGCAGAGGAGCGUGAAGCAAAGGGCAAGCUGCCCAAGUACCCUGGCCUCGAACGAUGGCAGAUACUCGAGAAGAUGGGCGACGGCGCCUUCAGCAACGUAUACCGGGCACGAGACACUACUGGUCAAUGGGGCGAAGUUGCCAUCAAAGUCGUCCGCAAGUUCGAGAUGAACUCACAGCAGGGCGAUAAGCAUGUGCACCCGGACUUCAAAACACCCAAAGCAGCCGAUAGAGCAAACAUUCUGAAGGAGGUUCAGAUCAUGCGCCAACUCGACCACCCCAACAUUGUUAAGCUGAUCGACUUCUCUGAGUCUCGGCAAUACUACUACAUUGUUCUCGAGCUAUGCCCUGGCGGAGAACUGUUCCACCAAAUCGUUCGUCUGACAUACUUUUCCGAGGAUCUUUCACGGCACACUAUUCUCCAGGUCGCCAAAGCCUUGCAAUAUCUGCACGAAGAGGCCGGCGUUGUUCACAGAGACAUCAAGCCUGAGAACCUGCUGUUCUACCCCACUCCCUUCGUUCCCACACGCAAUCCCAAGCCGAGGGGCCCAGAUGACGAGGACAAAGCCGACGAGGGCGAGUUUGUCAAGGGCAAGGGCGCAGGCGGUAUUGGCGUUAUCAAGAUUGCUGACUUCGGGUUAAGCAAGGUCAUCUGGGAUAGCCAGACCAUGACACCCUGCGGUACCGUCGGUUACACCGCUCCAGAGAUUGUCAAGGACGAGCGUUACUCCAAGAGCGUCGACAUGUGGGCGUUGGGCUGUGUGCUCUACACCCUCCUUUGCGGUUUCCCUCCAUUCUAUGAUGAGUCUAUUCAGACUCUGACAGAAAAGGUUGCCCGCGGCCAAUACACCUUCCUGUCGCCAUGGUGGGACGACAUCUCCAAAUCUGCGCAGGAUUUGGUGUCUCACCUUUUGACAGUAGACCCUGAAAAACGCUACGACAUCAACCAGUUCCUUGACCAUCCAUGGAUCCGCGAGGCAGAUGAGCCUACAUACUCGGCUUUCGAUGCACCUCCUUUGGCCACACCCGCCGCCAGCCGGAUGGAUCCGAAGCUGCAGCAGCAGUAUGCUUACCUCGAGUCGCCUGGCGCUGGUCGCAGGGACUUCCGUUCGCCCGGUGCCGUCAACCUACGAGAGGUGUUUGACGUCGGUUACGCUGUACACAGACAAGAAGAGGAGGGCAAGAGGAGAAAGAACUUCAAACAGGGAUAUCGUGGCGCAAAUGCCAUCAACUCGCUGAACGCCCUCGACGAGAACGAGGAUGACGAUGAAUUCAGCAAUGAUUCGGUACCUUAUGACCCUUCACUUCAGCAUCCUCCUGCUAAGCUUCCAAAGUCUCAAGGUGCCGAUGUUUCCACGAUGGAGCAGAAGAUGCGAAACACCAGCCUGUCGGCUGCUGCCCAAGCCCGACAGCAACAACCUCCUCCCCAGUCACGACAGCAAGAGCGUGGAUACGGUCAGCAUUCUCCUGCCGUUGCUGCAGCCGCGAAGCGUCAAGUCAAGAACAAGGGUGCGUUCGAGCUCAGUCUGGACAAUGCGACAUUGCUCGGCCGACGCGGCAAGAAGGGCCCUGGAGGAAGCGGUCUGCGUGGUGAGGUUACGGCAGGCGGUUUAUAG